CGUUGCCCGUGGCGGGUGCGGGGGCGCGCGCAGCGCAGGGCCGCCUCUCCCCCGCCCCUCAGGCCGGGCCUGGGCUCGGUCCCCCUCCCCGCUCCCUCCGCUCCCCACCCCCGUCGGGUACGGGAAGGUCCAAGCCGCUGCCGGGUGCCUGUGAGGGACUUCGUGGCCGCCGCCGCCACGGGUCCCGAUGGAGCCGCCGAAUCUCUAUCCGGUGAAGCUCUACGUGUACGACCUGUCCAAGGGCCUGGCCCGGCGGCUCAGCCCCAUCAUGCUGGAGAGAGAGAGGCAGAGACACAGGCAGAGGGAGAAACAGGCUCCAUGCCGGGAGCCCGACGCGGGACUCGAUCCCGGGACUCCAGGAUCGCGCCCUGGGCCAAAGGCAGGGAAACAACUGGAAGGCAUCUGGCACACCUCCAUAGUGGUGCACAAGGAUGAGUUCUACUUCGGCAGUGGUGGUAUCUCCAGCUGUCCCCCAGGAGGGACAUUGCUUGGGCCCCCAGACUCUGUGGUUGAUGUGGGGAGCACAGAAGUCACAGAAGAACUCUUUCAGGAGUACCUGUCCUCCCUGGGGGAGUCUCUGUUCCGGAGAGAGGCCUACAACAUCUUUGAAAACAACUGUAACACCUUCACCAACGAAGUGGCACAGUUCCUGACUGGGCGCAAGAUCCCUUCUUACAUCACUGACCUUCCCUCUGAAAUUCUAUCCACGCAGCCCCUACCCACUCCAGGACCGUAUCUGUCUGCUAACUCUGACUCGGUUUCUCCUGAACUGGGGCCCUGUCCAACGAAGAUCCUGGCAGGUUUAGCAGGCUUGGCAAGCAAGGCCACGGGACCAGGGCUGGAGCAACCGGAAGCCUCAGGAUCAAGGGAGAAUGACAGCAAGUGUCAGGCCAGAGAAUACAGGAUAAAGCCAUUCUUCCUUCCACCUACUGAUUGCCAAUCCUCUGACAUCAAUUUUGGAGCACCUGCCUUGCUGCCUACAGGCUGCUCUUCCUCAGCAUAGCUCACCUGAUAGUUACUGAAGGUUUGGGCUGGAACGGCAGAGACCCAAGCUUCAUGUCUACAAGUAAUAAUGUAGGUUAUUUGCAGUCACUGUACCUCCCACCCCACCCCCCAACCAAUAUGCAAUAUUUGGCUAGGGACCAAGGGGAAAGGACUCCCUGCUCUAGAAAAAUAUCCCUGACAUAGAAAGAAUAAUAAUGCAGAAUCAAGGUGGCAAGAAAAUUUCAAGUUAUUUUCGAUAGAUUUUUUUUUUUUUUUUACAUUAUCCUCAAUGUGUUUUGAAGUCACAUGUUAUUUGCAUUGUCAUUCUGACUUCAAGGAUUCACUGUUGAGAGCCUGACUGGCCAUUUUCCUCAUGAGUUGCUGCCAGGAGCUUAUAGGGAGGGACAGUCUGGAGAUUUCUUAUCUGGAGAGGCUUUCAGAUUCCUUUUCUUCACAUGCCUCCCUUAAGUUAGUUUUUAGGGGAGUGAAUGUUGGGGAAGGGACUUAGAACUGCCAGGUGUCUGAAUCCCAGCCCUGGCAUCUGUGCGCCCCUCCUUGCCACAGCUCCUGCCACUUCUCAGACUUGAAUUAUGUUCUCUUUUCUGGGGUCUGGCCCAUAGCAGGUGCCUUUGCUCUUCAAAAAGCUGCUGCUCAUCUCUGGCCUCAUCUCCUCCUGUCUCUGCCAUUAGUCAUAGCAGUUGGCACCAUUGGGGUCUUGGCUAGAGGAAAAGAUGGUUUUCUGCCUUAGUGUUUGCCUGUGACCUGACCAGGGGCACCUCCACGGUAACCAGCUGUGAUGUCAAGCGACAUUUUGGAGACCAGAAACCAGCAGGGACUCUUUAAUGUAGACCCAUGUGCAGAAUUGGGCUCAAGGAGGAUGGGUUUCAGGCUAGGUUUCUCUUGGAGGGCAGCUCAUUGGUUUCUCUUGUUGGGCAGCCUUCUCCCUGCCUCCCACCCAAUUUCUGUCCUUCUCCAGCUUGCCUUGCCCGGGCCUCUUUUCCAGGCUCCUGCUCCAGGCCUCUCUCCUCAAAACUCAGCUCUCUCCAGAGGGCACUGGGCAUCACAGGCUGCUUCUCCCUUCUUCCCCAUACCCAGGCUCAACUGGCUGCAUUCCUAAUAGCAGUCACUCCAGACCCAGUAGAAGUUAGCCAAACUGGCUACCCUAAGAAACUAAGUCACUCGGUACAUUGAAAGCCCCCCCACUCCAUGCCCAGCAGCCAUUUGUGCCAAUGCCUGUGCCCUAAGGAUUGUGGGGAGAGAUGGAGGGGCCAGCCAGCUGUCUACUCAGAGUGCCUCCAGGAAGGCAAGCUCACUCUCCCCACCCAAGCCCCCAGCACUCAUUUUGGAAGCCUGGGAUGAGGCUAUGACCCCCAACCCCGUCCUCAUACUUCUCGGUCAAUCCCAGAACCCCAGAAGCAUGCUCAUUGUGACCAGCUAGCUCCACACAGGUGUGUGAGGCAAGCAGAGUGAGAAAUGAGCCGUGUGUAAUCAUAUCCUACACUGGACACCUUCAGGGAGGUCCAUUGGUUUAAAGGGACAGAGAAGGUGGAGGGAUGAGACCAUCACCCCCCUCCCCAAAAUAAAGCUAUACCUUUGAGAUUUCCUUUUUACCCUUGAAGUCAAACUAAUAACUGUGUCUAGUACGGAUGUGUUUGCUGGUUUUCUUUGGUGUUUUUUCUAAUGCAAUAAACUCAUUCUGCCUGCUGCA